AUGCCGCCAAGCUCAGAUUACAAAAAGUUCAGCAAAGUCCUUUCAAAUGCUGAACAUAUCAUCGUUGUAGCAGGUGCAGGGCUUUCUGCAGCUUCAGGAAUUCCAACUUUUCGCGGCGCCGGUGGACUCUGGCGAAAAUACAAUGCAAUGACCCUUGCCACGCCUCAGGCUUUCAAGCGCGACCCUUCACUUGUCUGGCAGUUUUAUCAUUAUCGGAGGGAAGUCGCGCUCAAGGUCAAACCCAAUGCUGCCCAUCGCGCCCUUGCCGAAUUCUCUUUAUCGUCCAUACGUUCUCGCUAUGCGCCCAACUCGACAUUCACCCUAAUCACUCAGAAUGUCGACGGCCUGAGCGUCGUCGCUCUCGAUGAUGCCCUUUCCUCCAAUCCUUCGGAGCCAGAAGAACCACAACCCCGCAUACUCGAAAUGCACGGGCGCCUCUUUGACGUUAAAUGCUCCUCUAAGAAAUGUGGCCAUAUACAAUUUGACCGAUCCUCUCCGAUCUGUGAGGGACUCAAGGGCGUGGAAGAGCUCGUUGAUCAAAACGCCAUGGAUCCCGAUAUCUCAACAGCUGAGCUCCCGAGGUGUGCAAAGUGCAACGCAUUGGCGAGACCUGGCGUAGUCUGGUUCGAGGAAAUGCCACUCUACCUGGAUGUCAUCGACAAGCUAGUCGCCGAGGCAGAUUUAUGUCUAGUGGUUGGGACGUCCUCAACGGUGUAUCCUGCUGCUGGAUAUGCUGAAGCGGUGUCCCAGAACGGUGGUCAGGUUGCAGUCUUUAAUCUUGACCGCAGUGACGGGGACGAGGAUGCUAACUUCUUGUUCCUUGGUCCGUGCGAAGAGACAGUACCUAAAGCUCUCGGUUUGAGCAAGGGCUAG